AGGGAGGGAAAAAAAAACACUCUCACACACACAGCCUCCCACAUACACACACACACACGCACACUGUGCUCAGAGCUAGCAAGGGGCUUUAUUCAGCUUCACACUAAAAAGAGACAAAGGGACUGUAACCUGCCACAAUGGAGGAAAACAUGGAUGAAUCGCAAAGCCAGAAAGGCUGUAAGGAAUGCUGUGAGCGAUGUGUGGGCAGUCUGCCCUGGGCCUCCCUCAUUGCCACUAUCCUCCUCUACAUGGGUGUGGCCUUGUUCUGUGGGUGUGGCCAUGAGGCUUUGAGCGGCACUGUCACCAUCCUCCAGAACUACUUUGAAGUGAUCAGAGCCCCAGGAGAAACACUGGAUGUGUUCACUAUUAUUGACAUCCUCAAGUACAUCAUCUAUGGCCUUGCAGCUGGAUUCUUUGUGUUUGGAGUGCUGCUGCUGGUGGAGGGCUUUUUCACCACUGGCGCUAUAAGGGAUCUCUAUGGAGAGUUCAAGAUCACUGCCUGUGGACGCUGCCUGACUGCAUUCCUCAUGUUCCUGGCCUACCUGUUCUUCCUAGUGUGGCUUGGAGUGACAGCGUUCACCAGCCUGCCAGUCUUCAUGUACUUCAACGUUUGGUCUAUGUGUCAGAACACCAGCGUGGUGGAGGGAGCCAACCUCUGCCUGGACCUGCGUCAGUUUGGAGCCGUGACCAUCUCUGAGGAGAGGAAGGUGUGCACAGGAUCUGCAAAGUUCUUCAACAUGUGUGAUUCUAAUGAGCUGGACUUGACCUUCCAUCUGUUUGUGUGCGCACUGGCAGGAGCAGGAGCUGCUGUCAUUGCUAUGGUCCACUUCCUGAUGGCUCUAGCUGCUAACUGGGGCUAUCUGAAGGACGCCAGCAGGAUGCAGAAGUAUGAGGACAUCAAGUCGAAGGAGGAGCAGGAGCUGCAUGACAUCCACUCUACACGCUCCAAAGAACGCCUCAAUGCCUACACAUAAACACAUACCUACAAGAAACGACACACACACACAAACACACGCACACACUAACCUGUCAGACGCACACAAAAUGAUAACUGCGCAAACACACACACACACACACACACACAACACACACACACACACACACACACACACACAAAAAUGCACAAAGCCUGACACAACCUAAUAGAUAUCAGAAACAUACAGAAUAAAACUGUAUGAAAAAACAAUACAAACAUACAUUCAAAGACAUGAAUAAAGACACGAGUAGGAAUUAGUCGAUGACAUAAAAUGAUGAAAACACAGACACGGUCAUCAUCCUGGAGUCUGCAGCAGAUUAUUGGCUCAGGUGAACUACGCUAACAAGUUGUCAUUCAAUAUGUUUGCUAUAUACAUACUUCUUUACUUUUUAACCCAGAUUCUACCUUUAGCUUUCUACCUGAAAAGUGAUAACAAGCACAGAGCACGUUCUUCUACAGAGGAAGUGGCGCUUGUGAUGGGAGAUUGUACGCGACUGCUCAAUGAAAAUAGUUACAAAAAAUGUAUUUGGCCACAUCUACUUUAAGAAGUUCAUGAUAUUUUCAUCUACACUAUUUCAGACUUUUCUUAGCUCGAAGCUCUGCAUCCCCUUCACCCUCAAAUGCCCCAAAGUAGCUUUUCAGUGUGUGAAUGUGUCGAACAAUUAACUACAACUUGCCUAAAGCCCCUUGGAGAAACAAUAAUAACUGUAAUGAACUUCAACUUACAUAAGAUUAAGCAAAACAAAAGACAUUCAGCAAAUGUAUGAAAUAGCACAAGAAACAUACAAGAUAAUAACACUUCAAAAAGUACCAGAAAUACAACACACCUGAUGGACAGAAGAACCCAAAGAAAUGUCACAUUUGUUUUGCUUGUUUGUGGUCCUGUGGUGGCCUUAGGCAUCUAAUUAGUUUGCCUAUGCUUUGACAGGCAGCUUUUUGCUCUAAAACUGUUAAUAUAUAAUAAUGUCAUCAACAGUUAGUCUUUGCUUUGUGUUAAUUUUAUUGGUUUGCCAUCUAUAAUGAUGCUAACUGCUGUAUGAAAAUGAUCCCAGCUAUGAGCUGUUAGCAAAGCGCAGCAGAGCCUUUAAUCUACAGCAGACACAUGAGGGAGUUUGGUGUCUGUGAGCUCAUUGUUUAAUGUAGGGGCCGUCCAACAGGACAAUGUAACCCCCCAACAGCCUCAAUACCUGCAGUAUACACACCACACAUGAUCUACACACACACACAAACACACAUAGAUGUGGCUGAGUGGUCGGUGUUGUGCAGACAGUGUUGUAUGGUGGUGUCAUGCUGUGUCGUGUCGUUUCGCCACAUUAUGAUUACUGGUAUUGCAGAGAAAUAUGGUCCCCGAGGAAAUUUGUACCACCCAGGUACAAUUUGGUAGCAUUGCUAACUUUUCCUCCCCUUCUCUCUCUUUUCCCCCCACCUUUUCCCUCCAACUCUGCUCCUCCUCUUUCUCUACUCUGAUCUCUUCAUCUUGAGCCCAGUUUCAGUAGUUGUUCCACAUGUUCCCGUUCCACAUGCCAGCUGUCCUACAAGUGGCCAUUUGCAGGACGGGAGAUGGAUUUUUGAAAUGAAAUGCAGGCUUCAUAGUUCAUUGUAAUAAUAUUACUAAAAUAAUGAUAAUGAAACCAUGUAGUGAUUGAUAAGGUAUGCACAUGAACUGAUGUCAAAAAUUGUCUCCUUUUCCAAAUUCCCCUAAUAUUGCUGUAUUUGUACUGUAUACCACAUAUCGGGCUCCUUGAGCUCACUUGAACUUUCAGAAUAAAAGCACUUAAGAUGGCAGAGGGGCCUUUUGAAACAACUAGUGAAAUGGGGCUUUGCAUCCUUUCCCCUUCAUCCCCAGUUUGUAUAAACUUGUGAUUUGUCCUCAGAAACAGCACAUCUUAGCAGCACAAAGUCUUUUUAACAUGUGUCAUGUUCUCAUCAGUCUGAUAAUGUUUUUUCUCACUUUUUGUAAUUUUGCCACAUUUUUAUCAGUAUUAUUUAAGUGUCAUUUUAGAUUGGGGGAGGAGGUAUUUAAUUGGGGCAGGAGUAUGUAUGGGGGGGUUGUAUCACUUUCACAUUUUCAUGUGAUGAUUCUGUAUUUUAGUGGUUCUGCACACACACACACAAAUAUAAACAAACACACUUGCACAUGCGCAUACAUCAAUCAUCCUGAGCGUUUCAACUCUCACAUUUUCGUGUUUUCUUUUCUCUACCUUUCUUUCAAACAACCCUAAUGUGACCAAAAUUACAGUUUGCAAGUUGAAUUUAAUACUAUAGAUACUAAUAGUUAACUUGUCAUUCGUGACAUGAACAGAUGACCACUGUGAUCUCUGGGUGGUGUUUCGUUGUACAGCAAAUGCGUCACUGACAGUUGGAGACUAUCUUUUCCUAAAAGCUAUUUAAGGUGUAGGAAUUUUAACAUCUUCCGAAGAAUUUGUGGGUAUUUGAAAUGAGAUGGUGGGUGUGAUGGGAUGAAGAGGUGUAACUUGAUAGAUGGGGAAACGCUGAAUUGUAAAAGGAAGGAGAGGUGAGGUGCUAUAGAAACCAGAAAAAAAGAUGGUGCUAACUAUCAGUGGCAGCAGGGAUUGAUUUAACUGGUAUAGUGUUAUUGAGUAUGACCAAGGUGAAUGAUGUCCCAGCUAAUAAGCUCAUGGUUUAGGUUUGCUUUACAGCGUAUAUUUGGUGCGACAGUUUAUCUCCUCAGGUGCUACUAUAUUGACUGCUCUGAUUGCAAUUGCAAAAUGAGUUAUUACAAAUAAGAUCAACUAAAAUGUGAUCACCCUGAUGAGAUUAUAACUUUAAAAUUCAGUUCUUAGCUAUUCUUGUUAGGCUUUUGAAGAGGCAGACAAGACUUCACAAAUCAGACCUGUGAGCAGUAACUACUCUCAGCUUGAAUUUGAAUAUGUUUCUGUUCUGAGGCAGUGUAUACAGCAGGGGGAAAUCAGGACAUGCAAUGGCUUUGACCCUCUGUCACCAGUGUGCAGGGCUGUUCUGUUUGUAUUAUAUUUGAAGUUAUGUUGAGCCAGCCAUUAAAAUCAGAGGAUUGUAUCUGCUGUCCUGGUUCUAGCUGUGAAGGAAGGUGAUGAUUCUCUAUCUGCCAGUAGAGAUGAUUGAGAGGGUGUUCAGCAUGAUGAUGAAGAUGGUUGCGAGGAUGAUGGUGAUAGUGGUGAUGAUGUUGGUCUUUGAAGGGUUUGAUUUGAUGACACUACCAGCACACAAACACACACACAUACAUACACGCACACACACAGCAACACAAACAAAUCCACUCCACCACCGCCAUCACUCUGAGCCAUAACUCUUUGCUCUUUUACUUUUCACCAAUAACAUUUCACUAUUUUAUUAUCAACUUUAAAUCUUUGAAACUUUUUAAAUGUGAACUCAUUGAAUUAGAAAAAAGAAAUGUGUUUCUUUUCUUUUUCUUUUUUUGUGGGCAGUAUUAAGCACUGUACCUGCAUUAACUCUGUAUAAAGAUAUACAUAUAUGUGAAACAGUUGAGGUGAGCAGCCGGGAGAAUGAUUUCCUAUUGGUCACAGAGUCUGGAGGGGGUGGCUCAGUCCCAAUGUCCUGAGCUUUUACUCCCUAAGAGAGCUGCAUUUACACACACGAAAGAAAUUUAGUUUUCACAUCUUGGAAAUAUACUGAAAAAAUAAAGAAGCUGUGCCACAGCAGUGAUUAUAUAGGCUGAUUAAGUGUCUAUAAAAAAUAUUUCUUAAACUAAUGGUGUACUUUGGAAAAGGUUUGGCAAGAUGUUGAUAUCAGUAAAAUAAGUAAAACCACAUGCGUAGCCCUUUAAAGGUGCAAUGUGUAAGAUCUGGCCACCUGUUGGAUUCAUACUCCAAACAGAUCAGGGGCCAGAGUAACCGCUAACUCCUGCUAACUGUAGCUGGCAUUUGCUAGUUAACUCAGCCAUGAGGCUAGUGGUACAUCAUAGAAACUUUAUGUACUCUGACAGGAGCCAGUGUAAAUGCCAAACUAAUGGAGACAGCCAGUCAACAUAACAUGCAGUGACACCUUUACUGGCAUGUAUUUUAGUAAAACAAAAAUGUAAAUCUAGGUCUUGUGUCCUGUAAAUGCAGCUACAUUUGACAAAAAAAUUAAAACACCUACCAUCAGUGUCGAUGACGGGAGACUCCACCAGACUUGUGUCCUGUUCAGGUGUGUCUCGGCUGCAUACAGUCAGUAUUUUUAAGGGUCUAGUUUUACAGUAACAGUAUUUUAUCAUUUCAUUGCCUGACAAUGGAUGUCUUGUCAGUGUUUUUAACCUCAGAUAAAAGAAAAAAAAAUAGUUUUUUGUGCACUUAUUGACCAUUGUGAGCUCUCUCUCUCUUAUUCUUGGUGUGUAAGUGCAUUGAGAUCCCCAUAGUGGGACCUGUGUAUAGUCUUGCUGCAUUGGUUAUAACCUGAAGAAAUAACAAUGAUGAAAACGAACGAAUUCAUAUUAAUGAUAAUGAUUAAUGAUUAAGAUAAUCUUAAACUAGGCAAAAAAAAAAAAAAAAAAAAUUAAAAAGACAGUGAAUCUAGUUGUUGUUUGUGGCAUGGUUAUGCAUUCAAUGGUCAUAAUUUUAAUGAUUAAAACAAUACAAAAAAAAAAAAUAUUACUUUCCACUGGCGCUGUUCUGCUGUUUUUGUUUUGUUUUCCACUUUUCAGUGUGCAGUAUUGCUGUUCCUGUUGCUAAUGGUGUUGCUAAGCUAGCUUGCUUGCUCAGUUGUUUACCACCAGAGCAAUAUAUUGUAGCAGUUUGAUGAAAUCAAGACAUAAACAAGAAACCCAUACCCAUAAAUUUCUGGCAUAAAAGUGCAUGAAUCUUUGAUUGCAAGUCUUAAGUGAUAUGAUCAUGGUGUUCUUUAUUGUUUAUCCUAAUAAAGCAGAUUUGCAGAUGUGGUGUAAUGUAUUGCUCUGGCCACCCAUUAUCCUGCACCCACCUCUGCUCACAUUCCUCAGUCUGGCUGUUUAGGCUACAUUCAGUCAUGGAUGUCUGGUUUAGUCCAGAUUUUUCUGACCAUAUUUGAACUGAGAAGUUACACAUGUCUUAUAUCCUGUGUGCUGGAAACAACCGUGUGUGUACACAAGAGUCACUGGUGCAUAAGUGAAGCUCCAUGUAACUAAGCAACAAGCACAGUCUGCCCAGCUCACACUGCCAAAUCACCAUCUCUAAUGGACGCUAACAAGGCAAAAUAAUAUAUCGGGCAGUUUCUGAAGCAUAGUUAGAGCUGUAAAAUCACAUCUGAAGGUGAAGAAAAAUUAAUACUGGCAUGAGAUUUCACUAUAAAAUUGUAAUGGAAUUGGGCCCAAAAAGACCGUGAAAUAUGUCAUUUUUCAUGUGAGUAAGAAUGUCAGAUUGGCUCAUCUUUGCCAGGCAGUGUCAUGUAGCCUAAAUGAAGCCUUGAAAAUAUCCAGCUUCUGUUACAGUCAGGACGAGGGUGUGAGCAGCUCGCUCUCCAUUUGAUUAAAGUCUCCUCAUUUACUUUCAAACCCUCAUCUCCUUGUAAAGAUGAAUAAGUAUUGACCGCUUCCAAUCCUGCGUCCUUCUUGUCUACCCCAUGACCACAUGCUUUUGACAGGAUUCAGAAAAAUGCCCAAGUCAGCACAUAAAGCAUGAAUUUCAAUAAGACAAAAUCUGAUUUCUGACCCUCUGUGAGAAAGAUUUGAUCUGUUUUUGACUGUUUCUGCAGCUAUAAAACCUCAGCUCUGUAUCACAGGAUGAAAAAUCAGAUCUUCUGUGCCUGAACAAAUUCAGCUCUUUGUCCAUCAUGAACUGAACCACAGAUCUCCAAACUAAUGAUGUCAGUCUGUUACCUUAAACUGACCAUCACAUGUUUCAGAUCCAUGCAUUAUGUCAGGUUGGACAUUUUGGACGCUCAGAGAAGUUAUUUUUGGCUUUUUGUUUUUUGUCUGUUUCCCCAUAGUAUUCUAGGCUUUUUGUACUUCCCCCUGGUUGCUUAGUAGCAGGCUUUAUCUGAUUCACUCCUCCAUUUUGUACAUAUCUGUGCCAACAGCUUGGGCAGACAGUGGCUUUUUUAUUUGUAAAGACAUAAACCUGCUUGCGUAUAUAAAUAAAAUGAAAUAAUACACUUGUGUACUUGUUAAUAAGGGAA